AACGCGUAAAAUUGCUUCACAUAAUGGAAUCAAUUUUGAUUGAACAAAUUCUUGAAGCGAUUCAAAUUAUUCCUUCUCUUCAUUCUUCUCAUAUUAUUGCUCCCUGCACUCACUCAUCCCCCCAUAUUAUAUACUUCUCUUCCUCCGCCUCCUCCUCUGCCACACCGCCGCCGCCAACAUCAACAAUGGCCCUCCUUUUCUACUUCUUCUUUCUUCUUCUUUCUUUCAUUUCUCAACCCAUUGGAGGUGAUCGAUCUCUGUUUCUAACUAUGAUGCAAGACCUUUUGAUCGGGAAUUCUUCGCCGUCCGAUUGGGAUGUUUCCGGCGGGACUUCGUUAUGUAAUUUCACCGGCGUCACCUGUAAUGAAAAGGGGCUUGUGGUUGGGAUUGAUCUCUCCGGCAGGGAGGUUUCCGGGAAGUUUCCGGCGGAUGUGUGUACUUAUUUGCCGGAGUUGAGAGUGUUGCGACUUGGGCAGAGUGGUUUACGAGGGACGUUUCCACGUGGGAUAACGAAUUGCUCUGUUUUGGAGGAAUUGGAUAUGAGUUUUCUGUCUAUGACUGGGACUUUACCGGAUUUCUCGACGUUGAGAAACCUUAGGAUUCUCGACAUGUCGUAUAACAACUUCACCGGCGAAUUCCCGUUGUCGGUCUUCAGUUUAACGAAGCUCGAGAGGCUGAAUUUCAACGAGGAUAAUAAUUUCAAUAUGUGGCAGUUGCCGGAGGAUUUGUCGGAGUUGACGAAGAUGAAAUCGAUGGUGUUGACGACUUGUAUGUUGGGGGGUCGAAUUCCGGCGACGAUUGGGAAUAUGACGGCGAUCGUUGACUUGGAAUUAAGCGGCAACUUCCUCGCCGGAGAAAUUCCGAAAGAAAUCGGGAAUAUGAAGAAUUUGAGACAGUUGGAGCUUUAUUACAAUUCAUUAAUCGGGGAAAUUCCAGAGGAGAUCGGGAAUUUAACAGAGCUCGUGGACUUGGACAUGUCGGUCAACAAGUUGACUGGGAAGCUUCCUGAGUCGAUUUGUCGUCUUCCUAAGCUUGAAGUUCUUCAGCUUUACAACAACUCCUUAACAGGGGAGAUUCCCAUUUCAAUUUCGAAUUCAACAACGCUCACUAUGUUAUCCCUUUACGACAACUACAUGACCGGAGAAGUUCCAAGUAAUUUGGGCCAAUUUUCACCCAUGUUGGUUCUCGACUUGUCGGAAAAUCAUUUCUCCGGUCCCUUACCGACAGAUGUCUGUAGAGAAGGUAAAUUAAUGUAUUUUCUCAUGUUGCAAAAUAAAUUUUCCGGUCAAAUCCCGCCGGCGUAUGGUAAAUGCCAGUCACUUUUACGGUUUCGAGUCAGCUGGAAUUUUCUAGAAGGUCCGGUGCCGGCGGGACUUUUGGGUCUUCCACAUGCUUCGAUUAUUGAUUUCGCUAACAAUAAUCUUAGCGGUGAAAUUCCGAAUUCUUUUGCUGAAGCCAGGAAUCUGUCGGAAUUGUUCAUGCAGAGUAACAUGAUUUCCGGCGAGUUGCCGCCGGAAAUCUCUAAAGCGACCAAUUUGGUUAAGAUUGAUCUUAGCAACAACUUCUUGUCUGGUCCGAUUCCUUCUGAAAUUGGGAAUCUCAAGAGGCUUAAUUUGCUGCUUUUGCAACGAAAUCACCUGAAUUCUUCAAUACCCACUUCGCUUUCCGAGAUUAAAUCUCUUAAUGUUCUUGAUUUAUCCGACAAUCGACUGUCCGGUAACAUCCCGGAAAGCCUCUGUGAAUUGUUGCCGAACUCAAUCAAUUUCUCGAACAACCAACUCUCCGGUCCAAUUCCUCUGUCUUUGAUCAAAUAUGGGUUAGUGGAGAGCUUUUCCGGCAACCCAGGAUUGUGCGUUUCGAUUUAUUUAGAUUCAUCCGACCAAAAAUUCCCAGUUUGUUCUCAAAAUCUCAACAAAAAACGGCUGAAUUCCAUCUGGACAAUCGGAGUAUCAGCGUUCAUAAUCUUCAUCGGAGCUGCUCUGUAUCUCCGACGACGAUUCAGCCGAGAAAAAACAGUAAUGGAACAGGACGAAACACAAUCUUCAUCGUUUUUCUCAUACGAUGUCAAAAGCUUCCACCGAAUCAGCUUCGACCCAAGAGAGAUAAUCGAAUCAAUGGUGGAGAAGAACAUUGUCGGCCAUGGCGGCGCCGGUACAGUGUACAAAAUUGAGCUAAGCAGCGGCGAAAUCGUCGCCGUUAAAAGGCCGUGGAGACGAAAGGGGAAGGACCGACGGUCGGAUCAGGAGCAGCUGUUCUUGGACAAAGAGCUGAAAACUGAAGUGGAGACAUUGGGGAGUAUAAGGCAUAAGAACAUCGUGAAAUUAUACUGCCAUUUCUCCAGCUUGGACUGCAGCCUUUUGGUGUACGAGUACCUGCCCAACGGCAAUUUAUGGGACGCCCUGCAUAAGGGUUGGGUUCAUUUGGACUGGCCGACACGGCACCAGAUUGCGUUGGGCAUAGCGCAGGGCUUGGCUUACCUUCACCAUGAUCUAUCGCCUUCUAUAAUUCAUAGAGACAUUAAAACCACUAAUAUUCUGUUGGAUGUUCAUUAUCAGCCUAAAGUUGCAGAUUUUGGCAUUGCUAAAGUCUUGCAAGCUAGAGCAGGCAAGGACUCGACCACCACCGUCAUCGCCGGUACUUACGGCUAUCUCGCCCCGGAAUAUGCAUAUUCAUCGAAAGCCACGACGAAGUGCGACGUGUAUAGCUUUGGAAUCGUGUUGAUGGAGCUGAUAACGGGGAAGAAGCCUGUGGAAGCAGAGUUCGGAGAGAACAAGAACAUUAUAUAUUGGGUUUCGAAUAAAGUAGACACAAAGGAAGGAGCCGUAGAAGUUUUGGACAAGAAAGUUUCGUUAUCGUUUAAAGAUGAGAUGAUUCAAGUUCUAAAGAUUGCAAUUCGGUGCACGUACAAGAAUCCUGCACUUAGACCCACCAUGAAGGAUGUGGUACACUUGUUAAUUGAAACCGACCCUUGCAAACUCGAUUCUCACAACAAAUGCCCUAAACACACUACCACCACCACCACCACGAGAAUCAAGAACUCAUUUGACCUAUGAUUCUCUAAAACCCAUCGACACUAUCCUUCUCUUUGCCCUGAUCUUCAACUCAAUCGUAUAGCAUCUUUAUAAAUAAGUAUAUAUAUACGUCUACAUAUAUAGAUAUAUGAUUUGCCA